AUGAAGUCUCGGACCGCGGAGACCCGAGUGUAUAUUCCGGGGUAUUUUAAUCCACAACACUCGGUCAUACCAGACUUCACUAUUCCAACUAGUGAUCCAUUAGGUUGUGAAAAUGAGGAGAACAUCAGUUCUGAAGAAGAUUGGAUUAGUGAGAUAGUUCAUGAAGUAGCAUCUAAUAAUUAUCAAUUGCAGGUCACACCUAGAAGAAAAAACAUUCUCGAAGAAGAAAUCGCCAAGGAUAAGACAUUGCAACGUCUAGUGCAGUACUAUAUGAAGGGUUGCCUGCCAAUAGUAAAGAUGUACCUGGUGAAAUUUAUGAAUAAAAAUAUAAAGGAACCUUUAUUGCCUUACCCAGUUCCAUCAAGACCUUAUCAACGGGUUGGUAUGGAUUUCUUCCAACUAGGAAACUAUUCCUACCUAAUAAUUGUGGUUUAUUUAUUAGCUUGGUUUGAUGUUGUAAAGGUGCCAUAUAAGACAGCAUCAGAAACAAUCAAGAGUAUUAAACCAAUAUUUGCCACACAUGGCAUAACUAACGAAAUUGUGGCAGAUAAUAUGCCUUUCUCAUCCUUUGAGUUCGAGCAAUUUUGUCAAGGAUUGGAAAUAAAAUUAACUAACACCAGCCCACACUAUCCACAAUCAAAUGGAAUGGUGGAGAAAGCAGUUGGAUUGUCAGAGAGCACAGCCCAAGUAAUGAUGAGAAGACAGCUAAGAACAGUCCUCCCAACUAUUGAAGAAAAUCUUCUGCCAAAUGUUGUUAGGGUGAAGGAGGAUAAAGAGCUUAAACAGAAAAGGUCUAAACUAUACUAUUAUAAAACUUCACAGCAGAGA